GUCACCUCUAACGUCUAAGCAAGUUCCUAUAUUGUGAUAAAUUAGUCUGAAGUGCAGCAGCUGACAUGUAUUUGUCAAAAACGUCAAAUUCUUACUAAAAUACAUUUUUGGAAUAAAUUAAAGUAAAAUGUCCAACGUAAAAAGUUUUGGAGGUGCAAAAUUUUUAGUACCAAAUUUAUGUAUCAAAUCCCAAUACCGAAAUACGGCUUGGUUUACAAAAGUUCCGAAAGCUGCUCCUGAUCCAAUUUUUGGCCUUCUAGAGGCCUAUUUGCAUGACCCUGCGAAACAAAAAGUAAAUCUAACUGUAGGAGCAUAUAGAGAUGAUGAAGGAAAACCAUUCGUUUUACAAAGCGUUCGCAAGGCAGAAUUAAAAAUAAUGUGCAAAGAUAUGGAUAAAGAAUAUGCAGGCAUGAUAGGAAAUCAAGUAUUUGGAAGAAAAGCCUUUGAUUUGGCAAUGGGAGAAGGUAAUGAAUUUUCAGAAUGUGGCCGAGCUGUUUUUUGUCAAACUAUUUCCGGAUCAGGAGCAAUUUGUAUAGUAGGUGGAUUUUUGUCUAAGUGGUUUGAACGAAGGGUAGUUUAUGUAUGUGAACCCACCUGGCCCAAUCAUCAUGGCAUUCUUCGGUAUGCUGGAUUGUGUACGAAAACAUACAGGUACUACAACUAUAAAACACUGGCCCUGGACUUCGAAUGUUUGAAGGAAGAUUUGCAUAAAAUACCCAGUAGAUCCAUAGUGUUGUUUCACGCCUCAGCCCAUAACCCUACAGGAGUUGAUCCCACACCCGAGCAAUGGAAUGAAAUAAUAGCUAUCUGUAAAGAGAAGCAAUUUUAUGUUAUUGUUGAUUUCGCAUAUCAAGGUUUUGGUUCGGGAGAUCCCGAGUUCGAUGCAUACCCUGUGCGACAGUUUGCUAAAGCUGGGAUUGGUAUGGCCGUAUGUCAAAGUUUCUCCAAAAAUAUGGGACUUUAUGGAGAACGAACUGGUCUGGCCACUUUCAUCUGUGAUUCUCCAGACGAAGCAAAGCGAGUGGAGUCCCAAGUAAAACUAAUAGCCAGAUCUUUAUACUCAAAUCCACCAAUUAAUGGUGCUCGAAUAGCGCUAGAAAUUUUAUGCGAUAAAGAACUCAAAAAAUUAUGGCUCUCAGAACUCAAACAGAUGGCAGCGAGAAUCAAGUGGACCAGAAAAACUUUAAAAGAGGGAAUAAUCAAAGCUGGGUCAAAAUUGAAUUGGGAUCAUAUAACCAACCAGAUAGGAAUGUUUUCGUACACGGGUAUAAAGCGACCAGCUGUACAGAAAAUAAUAAAGGACUAUCACAUUUAUAUGAUGGAAAACGGAAGAAUAUCCAUGUCAGGACUUAAUUCUAAAAAUAUCGGUUAUGUCAGUGACGCUUUUCAUAAAGCCACAUCUGACAAAAAGUAAAUAUUACCGUGAUAGACUUUUUGUAUUAAUAAAAAAAACGUUUUGUAUUAAUAAAAAAAACGUUUUGUAUUAA